AUGUUUCAACUUCCAUUAAUUUUUCAUCAUAAGCCUAUAAAGGACGCAAUUUCUGAGGGCGCUGAGGUCAUUACAAAGGUUACCAGCAGCAGGUUGGAGUGGGCUUCAGAGUUCUUCAGGAGAGGGAAAAAUAUUUUUGAGGCGAAUAAAGAAUCAAUGGAGGGAGGAUGGAAUAGAGGGCGAAGAGAGGAACAACGGAGGCAACCGCCACCUCAGGGGAGUGGUACGCGGGGAGUCGAAUCCGGGAGGAUUAAUUUCAAUGACAACGAGUUUCCGCCUCUACCUGCUCCAACCCAAGGUAGACGUGCAAGGCCAGAGCAAUUCGCCCCGCCGCCUUUAGUUCAGCCUGGAAUGAAUCCAGGUUUGGCUAUUCCUGGUACUAGCGCUAGCAUCAGUACCGGUAGUAGCGUUGAAAAAGAGAACUCUGAAAAUUUGAAGACUUUGAAGCCUAUGAGGAGGCCCGAUGCUGGAGAGCGAAAUAGGUGUAAAAAGGUUGAUCUCUUUGCCAAUCAUUUCAAGGUCAAAUUUCAGCCCACUCAACAGAUAUUCCAUUAUGAUGUGAAGAUAACACGCCAGUCUGUCAAAAAUAAUGCUUCCAAACGUGGAGGAAAGCAGAAAGGAGGCCGUGGUGCUUCUACUGAGGAGGUUCAAGACAUAGCGACCACUGUGUCUAGGGCAGAUGCAGAAGAGAUUAAAAACAAACUGUUUGCAGAUAUUCACGUGGAUUUCCCCAAUGCAAAGCCUAUUUACGAUGGCAAAAAGAACCUGUACAGUGCGAUCGAAUUGCAAGAGGGGGAAUUUACCGUGAAGCUCCCAGCUAAAGGGGAAGGCAGUGAUGUUACAGAAUAUAAGGUGAGUCUAACGCUAGCCAAAACGCUAGAUGGGCAUGGACUAGCAGAUUUUCUUAAUAGAAAUACAGGCAAUCAUGUGACCCUGCAACAGGAAAUGUUGCAGGCGUUGGAUCUGGUAGUAAGGGAGCAUCCCAGCAGCACCCGGAUGAUCAUGGGACGGACUGUUUAUGAUAAGGAUAUAAAUGAGCAGAUGGAUCUUACGAGUGAUAUUGUUGCUGCAAGAGGGUUUUCAAUGAGUCUCAGGCCUACGGCCCAGGGGCUAUCUCUUAAUGUGGAUUUUUCUGUAGCGGCUUUCAAUUUCAAUGCAACAAUUGGUGUACUAGAUUAUUUGCGGGAGAAUCUACAAAUUGAUUGCCAACCAAACAGAGGUCUCGAUGAAAAAUAUCGAACGGCGGCUGAAAGUGCUCUGAAGGGUUUGAAGGUAGCCGUCAGACAUAGGGCUACAAAGCAAAAAUACACCGUGUGGAGACUGACUGAAGAAACUACCGGACAGCUCAAGUUUAACAUUGAAGAAAACGGGCAGCAGAGGCGGAGCAUUAGCCUUGUGAAUUAUUACUGGGAGCAUUACGGAAAGAAAAUUGAGUACCAACGGCUUCCUUGUUUGGACCUGAGUCAGCAGUAUGACAAACCCAAUUAUGUUCCCAUGGAGUUUUGCGAAAUUUGUGAAGGGCAGAGGUUUCUGAAGGAUAAUCUCAAUGCAAUUCAGCAAAGAAAAAUGCGGGACAUGGCUUGUCCCCAGGUGGGCGUGAGGCAAGAAAGAAUUGAAAAAAUGAUGAGAAGACAAGAUGGUCCUACAGGUGGCCCAUAUCUACCCCAUUUUCAAAUAGCAGUUGUUGCAGAAAUGACACGAGUCACAGCACGGGUGCUAGAUGCACCCGAGCUGAGGCUGGGUGACCGGGGGCAACUUAGACGUAUUAUUCCACGGCCACAUGACAGGAAAUGGAACCUGCUUAAAAGCCAUGUUUUUGAUGGAAAAUAUAUUGAGAGAUGGGGAAUCAUACAUUUUGCAAAUCAGGAGACAGGAGAGCAGACUCGUAUGGUGGUGAAUAAUUUCUGCAUUGCCAUGGUGGAAAGGUUCAAUACCCUAGGCAUCAACAUGCAUACAGAGCCAAUGAUUAAUGAAUCAGAUGAAAUGGCCAAGUUUGAUAAUGUGGCACAGCUGAAGCAGACUCUGACUGAAAUAUACACCAUUACCCAAGGGAAGUUACAAAUUUUGAUAUGUAUUAUGGAGGAAAAGCACGCUGGCUACGAAAGCCUCAAGCUUAUCUGUGAGACAGAGAUAGGCCUGGUAACGCAAUGCUGUUUGUGGGAUAAUGUCAUAAGGUAUGGUGAUACAAAAUUCAGUUCUCCAUAUUUGGCAAAUUUUGCUCUCAAGGUCAAUGCCAAAGUAGGCGGGAGUAAUGUAGCGCUCGACCCAGAUACCACCAAAAUACCACGCUUUGGGAACUCUCAUGACGUUGUGUACUUUGGAGCAGACGUGAAUCAUCCAGGCAAGCGAGAUGAAAUAAGCCCGUCAAUUGCUGCUCUUGUCAUGAGCAUCAAUCCGCCCGAAUCCAACCGUUAUGUGGCCACAAUGCGAUGCCAGAAAAACCGUCAGGAACACAUUUCAGAGCUAGGAGACAUGUCUAAGGAAUUGCUAACCAAGUAUGUCGACAAGAACAAAAAGUUGCCCGAAAGGAUUCUCUUUUUCAGAGACGGGGUGAGCGAGGGACAAUUCGACAUGGUCCUAAACGAUGAGUUAGCAGCCAUGAGAGACGCAUACAUGCAAUUUGAAGGAGCGGCUGAGCCGAUUAUCUCAUGCAUAGUAGUACAGAAGAGGCAUCACACAAGGCUGUUCGACGUGAAGAGUGGAUCAGUACGCAACGUGACACCUGGCACAGUCGUGGACACUACAAUAGUUCACCCAAGGGAGUUUGACUUCUAUCUGUGCAGUCACUAUGCGCUGCAAGGCACCAGCAAGCCAACCCAUUAUCAUGUUCUUUCAGAUGGGAAUGAGUUUACUUCCGAUGAGUUGCAGACACUCAUCAAUAAUCUCUGUUACACGUUUGCUAGGUGUACAAAGCCCGUCUCACUGGUGCCUCCCGUGUAUUAUGCUCAUCUGGCAGCCUACAGAGGCCGAGUGUAUCUCGAAGCCUCAUCAUCAUCUUCUUCACCGCCUACCAGUAUUCCGAAGAUCCGUGAUGGGGUCGAGAAUUCCAUGUUUUUUAUAUGA